CUCCUCUUUUACCAAUAAAUCCACCUAAUUGGCUAAUUCCCUUCUUCACAUACUCACACCCUCACACACACACACGCGAUUAGAUUCAAAAUUCGACAUUGCAGAUUUAAAUUCCGAUCGAUCGAUCGCGAUCGGCGAUGAAGUUCGGGAAGAGAUUGAAGCAGCAGACGGAGGAGAGCCUGCCGGAGUGGCGGGAUAAGUAUUUGUCGUAUAAGAAGCUGAAGAAGCUCGUGAAAUUGAUCUCGUCGGCGCCGCCCACGCUGAGCAGAUCGUCGCUGCACUGCGGCAGGGCGGAGGCGGAGUUCAUGUAUCUGCUCAACGCCGAGAUCGACAAGUUCAAUGCCUUCUUCAUGGAGCAAGAGGAGGAUUUCGUCAUUCGCCAUCAGGAAUUGCCGCAGAGAAUAAAGAAAGUGAUGGAGAAAUGGGGACCUAACGGCAGUGAAGCAUCGGAGACGGAGUUCAAAGAGCAAAUGGCGAAAAUCCGGAAAGACAUCGUCAAUUUUCACGGCGAAAUGGUUCUGUUAAUGAACUACAGCAACAUCAACUACACAGGGCUGGCGAAGAUCCUGAAGAAGUACGACAAGAGGACCGGCGGAGUUCUUCGGCUGCCGUUCAUCCAGAAAGUGCUGCAGCAGCCGUUCUUCACGACGGACUUGAUCUCGAAGCUGGUGAAGGAGUGCGAGAGCACCAUCGAGUCGGCGUUCCCGCAGUGGGAGAGGGAGGAGGAGGUGGUGGCGGUGCCGGGGGACGGAAUAUUCCGGAACACGGUGGCGGCGCUGAUGACGAUGCAGGAGAUGCGGAGAGGGAGCUCCACGUACAGUCAUUUCUCGCUGCCGCCGCUCAACAUGGCGGAGAUCGACGUGAUCCAGUCGUUGCAGGUUGUUGCUCCCAUACAGAUUCCGUGAUCGAUCCAUUUGUUCUAGGAUAGUUUGGAUUUUGGGAGAUGGAAUUAAUUAAUUGGAGUAUCUUCUUUUUUUGAUGAUUUUAUACUGAAUACCACUAUACGUGAUCUUGUUAGAUGUUUUGAUAUUAUGAGUGUUACUUUCUCUAGUUUUUCUAAAUGUUUGGAAUCAUUUAUCAUGAUAUAAUUAUUUUAAUAUAAUGUUCUACUAAGUUUGAUGC